CGAAAAGUAUUUGUCAACUCUGGGAACCUACAACUUAGCCCCCCACACGCUACACCUCCCCCAGUACCAGCUUCUUCUUCAUCUCUUGUUAUACUACCCACGCCCACUCACCCCCCAACACAACCCCAUUUUGGCCAUGGAAGUGACAGUGAUUUCUUGAUCUCCAGUGAAGUGUUCGUAUUCUUGAAAAAAAAAGUGUCAAGUUUCUUCUGAUUUGUGCCUGCUAAACAUCACUGUUUAGUGGAUUACUCAACAGAAAUUCAAGUCAUCUAGUGUAUGGCUUGCAUUUACAAACUAGCUUAUAAUGGGCAGCAGUCGAUUUCCAAGGCGCUAUUUAAUUGUAUUUUUGAUGUUCAUCUGCACUUCUGUCUGUUACAUAGAGCGGGUGGGCUUCUCUAUUGCGUAUACUACUGCUGCUGAUGCUGCAGGAGUAAAUCAGAGUAGCAAAGGUGUAAUUCUGUCAACGUUUUACUAUGGAUAUGCAUGCUCACAAGUACCUGGUGGUUGGGCAGCUCAAAAAAUUGGUGGACGGCGUGUCCUGCUCCUUUCUUUUCUCUUAUGGUCUUUGACAUGUGCUUUUGUACCACUUGACCCAAGCCGAACAAUUGUCCUGGUAAUAGCCCGCUUGCUCGUUGGUGUGGCCCAGGGAUUCAUUUUUCCAUCCAUCCACACUGUCCUUGCACAGUGGGUACCACCACAUGAAAGAUCAAGAUCUGUUUCCUUUACUACUUCCGGAAUGUACUUGGGUGCAGCUAUGGGAAUGCUUAUGCUUCCUAGUCUGGUGAAAUAUAGGGGUCCUCAAUCUGUAUUUCUUGCUGAAGCGGCUUUAGGUGCAAUGUGGUCUCUACUCUGGUUCAGUUAUGCCGCUGAUCCACCUCGUUCUGAGCAUCCAAAAGCAACUGCAUCGGGCUUUGGGGAAACCCUGCUGCCGCUCAAAGGGAGUUCAAAGUUGAAAGCAGAGAAUGGAGUACAUUCCAGCAGAACUCCAACAAUCCCAUGGAAACGAAUUGUCACGAGCUUACCAGUUUGGGCAAUUGUUGUGAAUAAUUUCACCUUUCAUUAUGCACUUUACGUGCUCAUGAACUGGCUUCCGACAUACUUUGAUGUGGGUCUCCAGGUCAGCCUUCAAGAAAUGGGCUCUUCCAAGAUGAUGCCCUACUUAAAUAUGUUUAUAUUCUCAAAUAUUGGCGGAGUAAUCGCGGAUCACCUUGUCACGAGGAGAAUGUUGUCUAUAACUAAAACCAGAAAACUUUUAAACACAGUGGGUUUCAUCGUAGCUUCUGUUGCACUGAUGGCUCUUCCUUACUUUAGAACAUCUGGUGGGGCUCUGUUCUGUUCCUCCGUGGCUCUUGGUUUCUUAGCAUUAGGAAGAGCUGGUUUUGCAGUUAAUCACAUGGAUAUCGCUCCAAGGUAUGCUGGAAUUAUUAUGGGAGUUUCGAAUACAGCUGGUACACUAGCUGGCAUCGUUGGAGUUGAUCUCACUGGUCGACUUCUGGAAGCUGCUAAAGAAGCCCAGUUGGAUCUUACAAAUCCAGAAAGCUGGACAUCAGUAUUCUCCAUUCCGGGGCUGCUCUGCAUUUUCAGUGCCUUUGUAUUUCUAGUACUAUCAACAGGGGAGAGAAUUUUCGACUAAGGUUUUGUGCAGGUAUAUCGUUGUUUUAUCUUUCUUAUUCUUGGAAGAAGAUGUUCAAUGAGGAAGUAUACAUAGUCUAGGAAUUGCAGUUCAAAUUCGAAGGUUGUCGGAAAUAGUAAGUAGCUAUUGAGGUCAUUCUUACAUUUUAAACCCGAGUUCUUUGAAUCCUGCUGAUUGCUGAAGCUUAAUUCAUUAGAUUCUAUCUGCAUACAUUCACAGCUUAGUCUAACAAUUCUUCAGUACUUCCGAGCUGUGGUUCUUGGCUAAGCUGUUAUUAAUAAAUGUAAUGUUCAUCCUACUUAUUAUUAGGCAAUGCAAAUUUCAGAAAGUAGUUCAUGUAUCAUAAGCAAAAUAAAAUGCUCAGCUACUUUCAUUUUUUGAGUUGGUGCACUGUAAUAUCUUAAUUUGUAUCAGUAGUUGAUGAAUUGAGCUCCUGUUUUGACACAAAACACUUGUUAUGUACUUUGCAAAAGUGUAAUUUUCCUUCUACGUA